UUGUGACCAGUCAAUUUCCCUAAGAAAUUACAACAAUAUUUUCACUUAACCAAAGAAAAACGGUUUUCAGAAACUUCAUCAAAGCACGUGAUUUCAUCACCGUGUAUCACAUUCCUAUGAACCAGAAACUAUCAGCAAACAGGAACACACCUCUCCAUCGGUCUCUUUACCAUUCCGCCGCCGCCGUCGCGCCGUAACCACCAUUAACGUAUAACCAACCCAAGAAAACUUCAAAUCAGGAUCCAUAUCUAACAUUGCUGUAUACACAAGACAAUUCCCCACAUGGAGGAACAAACAUUCCACUCAGAAGAACCCCAUCCCCAAUUUAAACCGGAAUCCUCAUCGCCACAAUCUUCCGUUCAAUCCCAACCGCCGCAACCACGACCACCAACAGAGGAGUUUUCUUCUACUUCUGAUAUUUCCCAUAUUGUUACUUCCAACCCUUCCAAAAUCCCCAUUCGUCCACAGAAAAUCCGAAAACUCUCGCCGUCCACCGCAACGGAAGAAAUUCACCCUCAAACAACGAUCGCAGAAGCCGACGCAUCCAAAGCCAUUGUCCUUUCGGCCACCACAACCCCUGUCGCAACAAAAAACCGUCGUCGAAACCCAUCGCGAUCAGCGAUAGAUUUACAAAAAGUGAUAAAACCCUUAUCUGCACAGGGCGAGAUCACCGCCGCUCUCCGCCAUCUCAGAUCCGCUGACCCUCUCCUAGCUAAUUUAAUCGACAAUCACCCUCCGCCGGCGUUCGACUCACAUCAACCACCGUUUUUAGCCCUAACCAAAAGCAUUCUCUAUCAACAACUAGCGUACAAGGCAGGAACAUCGAUAUACACUCGCUUCGUCAACCUCUGCGGCGGCGAAGACAGCGUCGUCCCGGAAACUGUCCUUUCCCUCACUCACCAGCAACUUAAGCAAAUUGGGGUUUCUGGGCGUAAGGCAAGUUACCUCUACGACCUAGCUAAUAAGUACAACAACGGGAUUCUCUCUGACGAAUCAGUUGUAAAAAUGGACGAUAGGUCUCUUUUUACAAUGCUUUCAAUGGUGAAAGGAAUCGGGUCAUGGUCUGUUCACAUGUUCAUGAUAUUCUCGCUACAUAGACCUGAUGUUUUGCCUGUUAGCGAUUUGGGAGUUAGGAAAGGAGUACAACUGUUGUAUAUGUUGGAUGAGUUGCCUAGGCCAUCGCAAAUGGAGCAGCUCUGUGAAAAAUGGCGACCUUACAGAUCAGUUGGUGCCUGGUAUAUGUGGCGGUUUGUUGAAGGUAAGGGCACUCCGGCUGUUGCUGCUUUAGUGAAUAUCGGGCAGGGGCAGCAACAAUUAGGGCAGUCUGAACAGGUACAACAACAGCAACAACUCCAGUUGCAGCUUUUGGAACCCAUCAAUAGCAUUGGAAAUCUCGGGGCUUGCAUUUGGGGGCAAUGAUUGAAGAAGUUAUGAAGAUCAUUGACUCAUUGUGAAAUUGAUUAUUGCACUGUGAUUCGGUAUUGUAAAUGGAUUUUUCUCAUAAUAACAAUAUGAUUUUCC